AUGGUUUCUAAAUUAAAAGAAGGGGAGGAUGUUAAGUUGCAAGCUAGUAAAGGGGCAUUCAAUUUUGACAACGACCGUGAACUUGUUAUCGCCGUUGAAGACAUCAAUCAACUUCUCUCGGGAGCAUGGCUCAAUAUAUCGAUAUUGGAAGUUCUUAUAUGGGCUUUAUAUGAGUCGUGGGAUGAAUUUGAUCAUCCUACCAAUGCUUUGGGAUUCAUGUGCCCGGAGAUGAUCUCGGAAACCAUGUUGAGGCACUGGAUUCUUUUAGUUAUUUGCUUGGCUAAAUCUCCGGUCUACUUAUUUGAUUCUAUGCAGAAGAAGAGAAAUUUGAUGAUUAAGAACCAAUUGAACCUGGCUUUUCGGACUUACAAGGCACAAAAUGGAAAAUCUAAAGGAACUAAAUUGAAUUGGAUUGCGGCACAGUGUCCUCAACAACCGGGAUCACUAGAGUGUGGCUACUACGUCAUGCGUUUUAUGUACGAUAUAUUUACAAAGCAUCGUGAUAGUCAAGAUCUUACUACGGAUUAUUCAAGAACAAAGCCUUUUUCAUUCGAGGAGAUUAAUGAGGUUAAAGAAUUUUGGGCUGAUUACUUUUUGACCAAUUCCGAUGUAAAUCUAGCUAGCUAGUUUGUUGUAAUAUUGGUUUGUUAGGUUCGUUAUCAACAUGUUGGUUGAACGAUAUGAUAUGAUGGAUUGCCUUUUAAUGGGGUUGUAAAACUAUAUUUGA